GCACAAGCAAAGCGCGGCGCAGCCUCGACGAAAGCAAGGCAAGCGCUCAUACGACUGCAGACCUCAUUCAUCGCUGUGCUUCGCGCUCUGCUUGCUUUUUGGCGCGCCGCCGAAGCGCCGGCAACAAAACCCUCAGACCAGCCUGAGGCGAGCGCCGCGCGGCGCAAGCGCACGUUAAGAAGCGCACGGUAACGCCGUAAGAAACAAGCAAUGGGCCGCCGCGACCGCAAGCGCAGCCGCUCGCGCAGCCGCUCGCGCAGCCGAGACCGCCGCCCGCGCCGCGAGCCGCCCAAGGCCGCGCCAGCACCGGAGCGCGUCGACUACGCUAAAUUAGCGGAGAGCGUCAAGGUCUCCACGAGCGCCGACGGCGAGGUCUCCAUGACCGUCGACGACACGAACGCGCUGAGAGCGAAACUUGGAUUAAAGCCCCUCAACGCGGAAGUGUCGAGCGCCGCAGCCAAAGCUCGCGAGCAGGCCGAGCGCAACUUCGAGCUCGCUCGAGCUGAGAGACUAGAAGCUAGACGAUUGGCGGACAUCGAAGCGGAAUUAGCCAAGGCGAAGAGAAGACGAGAAGCUUCGGCCAAACUCCCCGAAUCGACGCUAGGAGACGAGGUAGAUGAUGCAAAAGCGUGGGUCCAGCGCCAACGGCGCCAGAAGGAGGACCCGCAGCUCGUAGCCUUGGAGGCGGAACGAAGACGGAGACUCCAGUUGGAUCAAGAGCGAGCUUAUACAUCUAACGAUUUAGAGGGCUUGAAUGUGGCCGCCCACUCCGCGGAAGCGCUCAAAGUCGGCGACGAGAUGAUUCUGACGCUGGAGGACGAACACAUUUUGGAGCGCAACGAACAUGGGAAAUUGGUCGGUUUGAAGAAGGAGUCGCAGCACACGCUCCAGAACGUCAAUCGCGCCGAAGACGACAAGAUCCGGCGGAAGCGCGUCGAGUUGCAGGAGGAGCAAGCCUUGCACAUGGGCGGUGACGUGGCAGAUGAUUUCGAGUAUGCCACUGGCACUACUGCUGGGGGUUCUGUGAUGGCGAAAUAUGAUGAUCGGACGAAGCAGGCCCACAAGCUGAAGAUUGGUAGUAGUGGCGGGUUGUCUGCUAAGGAUCAGUCGCAUUUGUCGGGCGCGGACAUCGCUGCGUUAGCUCAGAGGAUGGGCAAAGCUCCGAACGCCAAGAUGGACACGAAUGACACCAGUACUUUACGUACGGGCCGCUGGGGCGGCGUCGACGCGUCUUCCGCCGCGUUCGAGACGCAGAACGACUACCUGACGCGAGACGAAGCCCGGAAGUUAUUUAGGAAGAAGGAAAAGAAAGCUCGGAAAGCUUCCAGGAAGGCGCUGCCGUCGACCGGGUCCAUCCUCGACGGCCUCGAGGAGGUCGAUGGGGAACGAGGAUCGCGAUCGCGACGGGUCCAGGCGGACGACGGCGACGACCAGCGCCGAAAGGCGAACUGGGCGGCGGCGCAGAAGACGGCGCAAAACAACCUCGGCAAGGGCCUCGGGGCGUCCGUGGAUGAGGUGAAGUCUACAGCGCAAGCCGCGCGCGCCAUCCCCGACGCUCCCGUCACUGAACAGGAGUCUUCGCAGAAGUACGUGAGCGGUCUCGGCGAGGACGAAGAUGAUGCGGAAUUGCGGGCCGCCUUAGAUCGCGCUAGAAGGCUCAAAAGUGAAAAACCGACGGGCGAGGCCGGCGCGGCGGCGCUGGCGGCUCGUGUCAAGGAGGAGGCUCCCGAAGACACCGCGGAGCCCACGGACGCCUUAGUGUUCACGUCAACAACCGAAUUCACGGCUCGACUACGAGCGCGACUGGAGGAACGCGCCCAGGCCAAGGAAGAGAAAACGACUGAUGAUGUAGUGAUGGAAGAAGCACCUCCUUCAGACGACGAGAGCGUCGAGGCGGCCGAGGCGGAGGCGCGCGGCGAAUUGGUGGAUUUCUUACAUAAACAACCGCUCGCUCGAGAUGGCAUGGCCGCGACCAUGGGUUUACUGAGGCAGACCGGAGACGUCCAGACGCAGCACGUCGAGGCGAGCAUUGGCCGAGCGCGCGAUCGUCGGGACUUCAAGAGCGACGGCACUUCCGGUGAAGAUAUGGCCGAAGCCCAAAGGUUGGCGGCGCAGAACGCUGAUAUUGCCUUCAAGCCUAUUAAAUUAGAAUAUAGGGACGCCGACGGCAAAUUACUCACGCGCAAAGAAGCUUUCCGGCAGAUGUGCCACAAAUUUCAUGGGAAGGGCCCCGGCAAGAAGAAAACCGAAAAAUUCGCGGCGCGCGAGGCGGAACGGCAACGCAGUAUCAAGAUGUCCGCGGGUGCCGGCUCGCUCUCUAUCCUCCAACACGCGCAACAACGGACGGGCCAGGCCUACGUGCCCAUCAACAACCAGCAGGCGUAUGUCGACAUGGGGUCUACUUCGUCCAAAUCCAAGAAGAAGAAGAAGGUGCUGCCUCCCGCGUCCUUUGACUCUUCGUGACGCCAUCGUCGCGCUGGCGUCGACUCCACCAGUCGCUUUCCCCACGCAGGAGAAGAAACUGAAGCUAAAGAAGAGCGGGUAACUAUCUACUAUGUCUUACUUAAAACAGUUGAGGGCCGCCGGUCCGGGAGUGGCGUAUACACAUUCCG